AUGCCACCAUACUUUAAAUCUGAACACAAAUAUACUCCUAAUUACUGUGAAGAGAAUGUUUACCACCUGUGUCAUAAAUUUCUCGCUCUAAGUGGAUCACAACUAGAAGAAGACGACGCAAAUGGGGAAAUUACGUCGCCUGCAAGUGAGGUUUACGUAGUCUUUAUUACGAAUGAGUGGAGUUCGAUUCCUUUACUCAGACAGCGUGCUGGUGCUGGUCUAAAUGCGGAAGGCUUUGUCUGCUGGGAUUACCAUGUAAUUCUCUUAUACACCGAAGCUGAGAACGGGCAAAAAAAAAGAUCUUGGGUUUAUGACCUGGAUACGGUGCUUCCCUUUCCAUGCGAAUUUGAAACUUAUCGCCGUUCAGCAUUAGCGCGCUUUCCCCAACGAGAAUUACAACGUAAAUACAGGUUAAUACCCGCAAAGACAUAUCUCGAAGUCUUUGCUUCAGAUCGCAGCCAUAUGUUGCAAGAAGAUGGGUCAUGGAAGGCUCCGCCACCAGCUUAUCCGCCUAUAUCGACUGAUGGUAAGAAUGUCAAUGCAGGAAUAUGA